UCCGCCGACCCGCAUGCGGUGCGGAGGUGUUCCAUCGAUAGUUCUCUCAGGGUAAAUGACCGAAUACGAGCUCCCAUCGUCCUGGUGAUCGGCGAGGACGGCGAAAAACUGGGCGAUUUGGCCCUGACGGAUGCCCGGCGCCUGGCCGCCGACCGGGGACUCGAUCUCGUCGAGAUCGUGGCGAACCGGAACCCUCCGGUCUGCAAGAUCAUGAACUAUGGCCGGUUCGUGUAUCAGCAGAGCAAGAAAUCCCAAGAUUCCAAGAAACACCAGAAACAGAACCAGGUCAAGGAGGUCAAAUUCCGCAUCAUCAUCGGACAGCACGACCGCGCGACGAAGAUGAAGCAGAUUGAGCGAUUCCUCCAUGAAGGUCACAAGGUCAAGGCCACGAUCUGGUUCAAGCGGGCGCGCGAGCGGAGUCGUCGGGAAUUGGGAGAUCGCAUCCUCGAUGACGUCACGGCGCGGCUUGCCGAGAUCGCAACCGUCGAGUCCAGAUCGAGCAUCGUCGGAAACCAGAUGAGCAUGAUCCUCGCUCCAACCCGCCGUCUGCUCGAGGCACUGCGCAUCGAGCGCGCCGAAAAAGCCGAGACGGAGGAAGAUCCCCACGUGGCCCGGACGCGGCGUGCCUUGCGCGUCGCGGCCGGUUGA